AUGCCUGCAAAGCAAUUCUAUCUCCUUGGAGAGCCAGUCUCCUCCGCCAGGAACAUCGAUGUCGACCCCAAAAGUGAUUUGGGUGGACUCAAGGACUUGAUUGCAGCUCACUUCGCAAUCGUCGAGUCAAGUGGUAUCGAUUUCCAAGCUCAAGACCUCCACCUGAACGAGAUUACCGAAAUCACUUCGGCCGGCACUCCCAUCGCUAUCACCAUCGAUGGGAACGCAGUCCGUGAUCCUCCAGGCCCGAAGGGUCUCCCCUACGUCGGAAAUUUCUUCGAAGUCUACCCAGACCACCUUGGCAACCACCAGCGUCUCUUCGAACAAUACGGACCGAUCAUUAAGACAACCAAUCUAGGCCGCACAACUUAUCAAACAAAUGACCCAGCUAUCUCCGCGAUCGUCUUUGCGGAGUCUGACUUUUUCACAAAAAAGAUCAACGAGGCCCAUCCACUCUAUCCUCUGAAACAGCCGGAGGCUGGAGAUACCGAUACUCCUGAGUGGAAGGCUGCCCACAAGUUUUUGCCACCAGCUCUCGGCCCUAAGGCUGUUCGUCACUAUGCGCCGACAAUGCAGAAGACAGUUGAGGAUUCCUUCAUGGUCUUUGAUGAAUUUGAUGAGCAGGGUGAAGCCUGGAAUGUUUAUCAGUAUAUGCUGAAGCUCGGAUCUCAAGCAGUUGGCAAGCUCACGCUUGGCUUAGAUUUCCAACAUUUUUCGAGUCGGGACGCACAGAUGCACGAGAUGGUGCAUUUGAUUGCAGGAGUUCUUUCUCUGAAUAAGAAAGUCUCAUCCAAAGGAGAUUGGUAUGGUAAACUGCCAUUCGGUGAUCCAAAGCGGCUCAGAGACAUUAAAGCCAGAGUUGAACAUAUCGUGGGGGAAACAAUUCAACAAGCUGCAUGUGGUGGUAUUGAAGAUCUACCGCUGCAGGAUGCAGCGCUGAAGGCAUCUAAUAUGAUCGACUACGCCAUCCGCGCAACCGACAACAAAGGCGAGAAACUACCCGAAUCAAGCUUGAUUUGGGCUCUCGUCGUCGCAACCGGAGCCGGAUUUACAACCACCAGUUCCCUUCUAUCUUGGCUCAUCUACGGUCUUGUCACCUACCCAGGUAUGCAAGAAAGGCUACUCCAAGAGCUCAUCGACAACGACAUCGACGAGCACACUGUGAUCACGGCGGAUGUCACCGACCGACUAGAUUUCCUUGAUAAAUACAUCAAGGAGACCCAGCGUCGCCACAACCCAAGUUUCCAACCGGGACGAACCGCCAAGGUUGACCUCGUGCUUCCGGGAGGGUAUAAGAUCCCUAAAGACUCAGUUAUUCUUCCGGCGCUACACCACAUUCACAACAACCCCGAUCUGUGGGAUAAUCCCAAUCAGUUUAACCCUGACCGCUGGGACACCGAUGAGGUCAAAGGCAGACAUAAGGCUGCGUAUAUCCCAUUCGCCAUGGGCCCGCGCAUGUGCAUUGGGUUCAACUUUGCCUUGCAGGAAAUCAAGGUUUUUAUUCCGAAACUCAUCUUCCGGUAUAAGUUCAUUCGGGAGGGCAAUGAGCCCAUCGAGUAUGAUCCCAUGUUCCAGUUGAUUCGGCCUAAUAACCUCUAUGUUCGCGCGGAGAGGAGGGUGAAGUGGCCAGCGAAGACGGAGACCUUGGCAACAGGGAAUGUUUGA